AUGGGUGUGGCUGAGGGAUUUAAGGGGUCGGGCGUGUUCGCUAAGGUGAGUUUAGGGAUGCUGCUGCUGGCGGCCAUGUUCGCAUGGAUCGCGUUCACAUGCACCGGUUGGGGACGGACCGACACACCGGGCGCACUGGCGGACACGUAUUUUGGACUGUGGCGCAUCUGCACGGAUGCUAUUCCCUUCCCGAACUGCCGACCCACGGAUGGCUGGGCCAGAGACUGGUGGGCAGCCACCCAGGCCUUGGUGACAAUCGGAUUUCUCGGCAUCAACGUGUCCCUAUGCCUGCUCAUCGUAUACAUGUUCAUCCCCAGCUGCCUUAAGAACCACGAGGUUGCCAUGACAACCGCAAUCGUCGCCAUUGUUACAGGCGCGCUGUACCUGAUCGGUGUAAUUGUGUUUGGCGCCAAUUUCAAAGAGGACUACAUUGACUUCCUUGGUCCCCUUUCCGGUGAGCGGUACCGGCUCGGGUACGCGUUUGCACUGUCUAUCGUGGCGCUCGUGCUGGAGAUCGCAGGGGGCGUCAUGGUGCUGCUGGAUCGAAAAGUGGCUCAGCCAGGAACCGCCCCCGCUUCAUAA